AUGCCAAUGUAUCUCAGAAUAUAUGAUGGGACAACCAAUCCCGAAUACCAUAUAACCCAUUAUGUCAUCGCCGUGAAGGGCAAUGACCUCAGUAAGGAACAUGUGUCCUCCGUUCUGCUGAAGAAAUUCGGUGAGACCCUCACUAAAGGAGCAUUAACAUGGUAUUCACAACUGCUAGCUCGCUCCAUAGAAACAUUCGAAGAUAUGGCCGAUAAGUUCGUGACCGCACAUGUCGGGGCCAAGAAAGCCGAAACGAGAGUGAACGACAUUUUCGCCAUCAAGAAAUUCCUAGGAAAGGGGCUGAGGGACUUCCUUUCCCGAUUCAACAGGGUGAGAAUGACUUUACCAAAUGUGUCCAAGGGGAUGGCGGUCGCAGCCUUCCAGAAUGGGAUGGGUAGAGAGGGAUCAAGAGCAACUAGAAAGCUACUGAUCCGGUUGACGAAAGAACGAAUAGAUAAUGCGAGGAGGAAUCAUCCAAUCUCACGGCCAAACAGGAAACGACUUCAGCCUUAUGUCAAGGCACCCGUCCUUCCUCCUAUUCGCUAUGAUGAUGGUCCGUCUAGGUCGAGGACGACGACUCGCAUGAACAAGAGAGAAAUCAUCUAUGCCCUGGAGAAACUUGGAACUAAGGUGAAGUGGACGCCAAAGAUAAGGUCUGACACGAGUACCAGGAAAUUUGAUGCCCUCUGCGAGUUCCACCAGGAACGCGAACACAAAAUAGAAGAUUGCAUCGCAUUUAGGCAAAAGGUAGUGAACAUAUUGCAACAAGGGCACCUCAAAGAUCUGGUGAGCAACAAAGGAAGGAGUACCUUCGCCAGGGGUCAAGAACGUUAA